AUGUCGAAUCUUAAUCCUUCGCCACCGCUUCCUCAAGCAAUAAUACUUCCUGGAAAUGGUGUUUCAGAACCGGGGACGGCAAUGUGGUAUCCUUAUGUAGCUUCAGAGCUUGGUAAAGCGAUUUCACGAGAGACUGGAGGUAAAUUGUUCCCAGGUGAAGUGAUAUUAAGGCAAUUCCCUGACUGGGAACUUGCUCGAGAGUCUGUAUGGAUUCCUUUUUUGGAAAAAGAUUUGAAAGCUUGUAGUGGUACCGUCUUGAUUGGACAUUCGAGUGGAGCCGUUGCAGCAUUAAGAUAUUUGGAAGAGCAUCGUGUAUUGGGUGUGGUUCUUGUUUCCGCGUAUCAUACAGAUCUUGGAGAUCCGCACGAGAGAAAAGCUGGAUACUUUGAUCGUCCAUGGAAUUGGUCACGAAUUUCCCAAAAUGCUAGCUGGAUUAUACAGUUUGCCAGCACUGAUGACCAUUUAGUGCCAAUUGAAGAGCAAAGAUAUGUGCAUACAAUGAUUGGUUCGGAAUAUCGUGAAUUUAAUGAUCGAGGUCACUUUAAUUAUCAAAUAAAAUUCCCAGAAUUAGUUGACGUUAUUGUUCAAUUCAUGGAUGGUACAAUCGACAAACAAAGCGGAACAAUGUCUGAUGUUGAAAGAAUGGACGUUUCUGAUUUUCAAUAG